CCAUCAGAAGCGCUAAAGCAUCUGAGCCCAUCAUUCGGAAAAAUCAAAAGCCGCCUUCCCGUCUGAAGGCUCUCCAGCAGAAAACAUGACGACCGAAUUGCUCUCUCCGUCCUACGAGCGAAUCGAUCCAAGCCACUCCAGAAGGCAGACCCUCCGGGUGCCCUUAAGGAUCUUCGAUCCUGGUCGGUCGAAACUGACCACUGUGGAGACAAAGAGGAUCAUAACUGUCUUGGAUGAGACCAUCUUUAAGGUGGAGCUGGUCAGCGUCUUCUCCCACGUCACUGAGCACCUUGAUGAGCUGAGCACCGUGUUAGGUCCUGACCUUACAGGAGCCUUCAGGGAACAUCUCCGACUCUCCAACAUUCUAGAAGCAACAUUCUCUCACAUGAAGGAAGAAGAUGUUCUAUACAUGGGCGCCAGUAAAGGAACCUUUUUUGGCACCGGCACCGACGGUCAUCUCGCUUUGCAAAUCCAAGGUCUCAAAAGUUCUGUCCGAAACAUCGUACGCCUGCUUUACGCCAAUACGAUCGCUUGUCAAACCCUGAGAGACCUUGCUCAUACCAGGGACCCCGUUGUCAGCAAAUUCAUCAAAGGUAUUUCCAAGCUGAGGGAGUUCCUCUUUGAACAACUCCUCACCACCCCCAUAGAAGAAAAAGAAAAAAAACGGUUUCUGCAUGAGACCUCUCAGAGGGAAAAGAAAAACACAGAGACUGUGGCAUCUCUGGAAGAUGAAUUGACUGCAGCCAUCCAGAACAGGGAUGAGGAGAUUUCCAAGAAGAACACCACCAUCAAAGACCUGAAAAGUCACUUGCACAAUCUGGCCAAGUUCUCCGAAAACCAAAUCCAGCGCACCAGAACGGAAGCAGAGAAGCAGCACAAGGGAGAGAUGCGCAGUUCUCAGGCAAAAUGCACCAAGUUACAACAGGAGCUGCAUCAGCUACGGGCCCAGUUCAACGCCCUGGUUGCUGAGAAUCGGGAAUCGGAACUUAACCUUCGGAAGAAGAAAUACAAGGUGGAAAUGGAGAUAGAAAAUUGGGUCCAAAAAUACGAUAUGGAGAUGAUUGAAAAGCAGGAAGAGAUUGAGGAGAUCGAGGAGGUCUACGUGGUGGAGAAGCAGCAGCUGGCAGAGCUGCGGGAGAAAUACACCCGGCUGGAUGAGGAAUACAGCCAGAUUGUGGAGGAGAGGAGGAUAAAGCAGGAGCACAGGGAGAAAGCUGACAAGGAGCUGGCCAUCCUAGCCCGAGCCGCGACUCUUAUCCAAGCCCUGUGGAAGGGCUACCUGGUGAGGUCACUCCUACGGAGCAAAAGGAAGAAGAAGGGCAAGGGGAAAAAGGGCAUGGGCAGGAAGUGAGCUUUGGCCAAUCCCUGUCCAUCUAUUCCGGUGGUAAGGCUACCCUGGGCAGCCUUGGAGAGAGAUGGAGGCUUCCCGAGGGUGGCAUCUUCUUUAAUAAAGCUGAUCGUUGAAAAAGAUGGAGGUGCG